AUGGAGUGGAAAAUAUUUUCCAUGUACUUGUUGCUGCUGGUUUCUGUUUUCUUGAUUCAGCAAGUUUCAUCUCAAGAUUUAUCAAGCUGUGCAGGGAGAUGUGGGGAAGGGUAUUCUAGAGAUGCCCCCUGCAACUGUGAUUAUAACUGUCAACACUACAUGGAGUGCUGCCCUGAUUUCAAGAAAGUCUGCACCAAGGAGCUUUCCUGUAAAGGCCGCUGCUUUGAGUCCUUUGCACGAGGAAGGGAGUGUGACUGUGACUCCCAAUGUGACAAGUACGGCAAGUGUUGUUCGGAUUAUGGCAGAUUCUGUGCAGAAGUGCAUAAUCCCACAUCUCCACCAUCUUCAAAGACUGCACCUCUGCCUCCAAGAGCACCUCAAACCAUCAAAUCAACAACCAAACGUUCACCCAAAUCACCAGAUAAGAAGACGACUAAGAAAGUUAUAGAAUCAAAGGAAAUAACAGAAGAACAUUCUGUUUCUGAAAAUCAAGAGUCCUCCUCCUCCUCUUCCUCUUCCUCUUCAACUAUUCGGAAAAUCAAGUCUUCCAAAAAUUCAGCUGCUAAUAGAGAAUUACAGAAGAAACCCAAAGUAAAAGAUAACAAGAAGAAAAGAACUCCAAAUAAGAAACCUGUCCCAGAACCACCAGAUGUAGAUGAAGCUGGAAGUGGACUGGACAAGGACGAUUUCAGGCUCACCCCAACUCCUUACAUUCCUACCACCCAACUCAAUAAAGUUACCACAACUCUCAAGAUUACAAUAGCAAAACCAACAGAUCCUAAACCCAGUCUUCUACCUAAUUCUGAUACAUCCAAAGAGAAAAAGACAACAGUUGAAACAAAGGAGACAACUGUAACAAAACAAACUUCAACUAGUGUAAAAGAGAAAACUACUUCGGCUGAAGAGACACGAAAUACAGAGAAAAUAUCUACUCAAGAUUUUGGAGCCACAUCUGAUGUUCCUGCUAAACCUACACUCAAAGCUGAAACUACAACCAAAGCCUCUGCUCUUACCACUUCCAAGAAGCCUGCACCCACCACCCCCAAGGAACCUACACCCACUACCACCAAGGAACCUACACCCACUACCACCGAGAAGCCUGCACCCACCACCCCCAAGGAGCCUACACCCACUACCACCGAGAAGCCUGCACCCACCACCCCCAAGGAACCUACACCCACUACCACCGAGAAGCCUGCACCCACCACCCCCAAGGAACCUACACCCACUACCACCAAGAAGCCUGCUCCCAUCAUCCCCAAGGAGCCAGUACCUACUCCCACCAAGGAGCCCGCACCCACCACCCACAAGGAGCCCACUCCCACCACCCAACACCAUGAAGUUACCACAUCUCCCCAGAUUAUAACAGUAAAACCAACAGAUCCUAAACCCAGUCUUCCACCUAAUUCUGAUACAUCCAAGGAGACAUCUUUGACAGCCAAUAAAAAGACAACAAAAACAUCUACUCAAGAUUUUGCGGCCACAUCUGAUGUUCCUGCUAAACCUAUACCCAAAGUUGAAACUACAACCAAAACCCCUGCUUUCACCACCCCCAAGGAACCAGCUCCAACCACCGCCAAGUCAACAGCUCCAACCACUCCAACCACCCCCAAAGCACCAGCUCCAACCACUCCAACCACCCCCAAGGCACCAGCUCCAACCACUCCUACUACCCCCAAGGCUCCAGCUCCUAGCACCCCCAAGGCACCAGCUCCAACCACUCCAACCACCCCCAAAGCACCAGCUCCAACCACUCCAACCACCCCCAAAGCACCAGCUCCAACCACUCCAACCACCCCCAAAGCACCAGCUCCAACCACUCCAACCACCCCCAAAGCACCAGCUCCAACCACUCCAACCACCCCCAAGGCACCAGCUCCAACCACUCCUACCACCCCCAAGGCACCAGCUCCCACCACCCCCAAGGCACUGGCUCCAACCACUCCAACCACCCCCAAGGCACCAGCUCCAACCACUCCUACCACCCCCAAGGCACCAGCUCCCACCACCCCCAAGGCACUGGCUCCAACCACUCCAACCACCCCCAAGGCACCAGCUCCAACCACUCCUACCACCCCCAAGGCACCAGCUCCCACCACCCCCAAGGCACUGGCUCCAACCACUCCAACCACCCCCAAGGCACCAGCUCCAACCACUCCUACCACCCCCAAGGCACCAGCUCCCACCACCCCCAAGGCACUGGCUCCAACCACUCCAACCACCCCCAAGGCACCAGCUUCCACCACCAAGACACCGGCUCCCACUACCCCCAAGGAUCUGGCACCCACCACCUCAAAGAAGCCCACUCCUACCACCCCCAAGGAGCCUACACCCACCACCCCCACGGAGCCUGUUCCAACCACCUCCGAGUCAUCUGUUCCAACUACCACCAUGGAGCCUCCCAAUACCCCCAAGAUGCCAGCAGAAUCAACUCCUGAGUUUUCCGCAGGACCCACAUCAAAGGCUCUUGAAAACAGUCCAAAGGAGCCUGUUGUACCUGCAACUAAGACUUCUGAAGUGACCAAGGUUGAAAUCACUACAAUAGUUAAAGACAAGACAACAGAAAAAGACAUACAUACUACACUUGAAAUUACAACUGCUGCACCUAAGAUUACAACAAAAGAGACAGCAACUACAACAGAAGAAAAGACUACUGAAUCCAAAAUAACAAGUACAACCAUGCAAGCAACAUCUACCACAACUCAAGAUACCACAUCACUCAAAAUUACUACUCUUAAAGCAACAACUCUUGCACCCACAGGAACGACUGCAUCAAAAAAGUCAACUACUACAACUAAAAAGAUUAUAAACAAACCUGAAGGAACAACAACUAGACCAAAAGAUACAACUAAUUCUAAAGCAACAACUCCUAAACUCCAAAAGCCAACCAAAGCACCCCAAAAGCCUACUUCUACAAAAAAGCCAAACAUAACACCUAGAGUGAGAAAACCAAAGACUACACCAACUCCCCCAAAGAUGACUUCAACAGUGCCUGAAUUAAACCCUACCUCUUUAGCGGAAGCCAUGCUCCAAACCACCACCAGCCCUAACCAAACUCCAAACUCAGAAAUAGUUGAAGUAAAUCCAAAGAAUGAAGAUGCAGAUGGUGAAGGAGAAAAACUUCUUAUGAUUCCCAUGCCGCCUGUGUUAACUCCAAUAGUUAUUCCAGGCACUGAUUACUUAGUGAGAGGGCACAUUCAAGGCCUUAGCACCAACCCCAUGCUUUCAGAUGAGACCAAUUUAUGCAACGGUAAGCCGGUAGAUGGACUGACUACUUUGCGCAAUGGAACAUUAGUUGCAUUUCGAGGUCAUUAUUUCUGGAUGCUAGGUCCGUUCAGUCCACCAUCUCCACCUCGCAGAAUUACUGAAGUUUGGGGUAUUCCUUCCCCCAUUGACACUGUUUUUACUAGAUGCAACUGUGAUGGAAAAACUUUCUUCUUUAAGGAUUCUCAGUACUGGCGUUUCACCAAUGAUAUAAAAGAUGCAGGGUAUCCCAAACAAAUUGUAAAAGGAUUUGGAGGACUAAAUGGAAAAAUAGUGGCAGCUCUUUCAAUAGCUAAAUACAAGGACAGGCCGGAAUCUGUGUAUUUUUUCAAGAGAGGUGGCAGCAUUCAGCAGUAUACUUAUAAACAGGAACCCAUCAAAAAGUGCACUGGAAGAAGGCCUGCUAUAAAUUAUUCAGUGUAUGGAGAACCAACACAGGUUAGGAGACGUCGCUUUGAACGGGCUAUAGUACCUUCUCACACCAUCAGAAUUCACUAUUCACCAGUCAGAGUUGCUUAUCAAGAUAAAGGUCUACUCCAUAAUGAAGUUAAAGUGAGUACACUGUGGAGAGGAUUUCCGAGUGUGGUUACCUCAGCUAUAUCACUGCCCAACAUCAGAAAACCUGAUGGCUAUGAUUACUAUGCCUUUUCUAAUGAUCAUUACUACAGCAUCGAUGUGCCUAGGAGAACAGCAAGAGCAGUUACUACUCAUUCCGGGCAGACCCUAUCCAAAGUCUGGUACAACUGUCCUUAGAAUGAUGGGCAAAGGAGAGUCAU